AUGCUGCUGGCGGAAGCGCCGCCGGAGCCCUCGGCGCUCCGCCCUGCGGCUCGCGCGCGGGGGCGGUGCCAGCAGCGAGGGGGCGCGGCUUCCCCCCACAGCUCCGCCACGAGCGGGAGCGGCGAGGAGGAGGAAGUGGGCGGGGCCGGCGGUUGGCGCGCGCAGCCUCUCGCAUCGCGCAUGCUCCGCCCGGCGCCGCCCGGCGCGGCGCAGGGGCACGGCGCGGCGCGCAGGCGCGUGGGACUCCCUGGGCUCCCGGCGCUGGCGGCCAUGGAGCGGAAAGUACUGGCGCUGCAGGCCCGGAAGAAGCGGACCAAAGCUAAGAAGGAUAAGGCCCAGAGAAAAGCUGACCCUCAGCACCGUGGCCCUGCUGCUCACUCUGAGAACGAUCUUCCAGAGCAAGAAGAAGAAAUCUUGGGGUCAGAUGAUGAUGAACAAGAGGAUCCAAAUGAUUAUUGUAAAGGUGGUUAUCACCUUGUGAAAAUUGGAGAUCUCUUUAAUGGACGCUACCAUGUGAUUCGGAAGCUCGGAUGGGGCCACUUCUCCACUGUCUGGCUGGCAUGGGACAUCCAAGGGAAGAGAUUUGUGGCAAUGAAAGUGGUAAAGAGUGCGGAGCACUACACAGAAACAGCACUGGAUGAAAUCAAGUUGCUAAAAUCGGUUCGCAACAGUGAUCCAAAUGAUCCAAAUAAAGAGAGAGUUGUUCAGUUAUUAGAUGACUUCAAGAUUUCAGGAGUUAAUGGUUCUCAUAUCUGUAUGGUGUUUGAAGUUUUAGGGCAUCAUCUGCUGAAGUGGAUCAUCAAGUCAAAUUAUCAGGGGCUCCCGCUCCCUUGUGUCAAAAAGAUCAUCAAACAGGUUCUACAAGGUCUGGAUUACUUGCACACGAAGUGUAGGAUCAUCCAUACAGAUAUUAAACCUGAAAACAUUCUUCUGUGUGUUAAUGACCAGUACAUCCGCAGACUGGCUGCAGAAGCAACAGAAUGGCAGAGAUCUGGGGCCCCCCCACCAUCUGGCUCUGCAGUGAGUACUGCACCACAGCCAAAACCAGCUGACAAAAUGUCGAAGAAUAAGAAAAAGAAGUUGAAAAAGAAGCAGAAGCGUCAGGCGGAGUUAUUAGAGAAGCGAAUGCAAGAGAUAGAGGAAAUGGAGAAGGAAGCAAGCCCUGGGCAGGCAAAUCCUGAGGAGGAGGAAGAAGCUCAGAGCCCUCUGAAAGUGCUCCUGAAAGUUAGUCCACCCUGUGAAGAUGUGGACAAAAAGAAAGCUGAAGUCAUCGUACAUGAACAGUCUGUUCUAAUGGAAAGCAGCAUAGAAAAAUGUGUAACAGAAAUAAAUUGCAACGGUGUGAUACGAAUGUCGGACUUCCCAGACUCUGGCAGUCAAGGGUCUGUGCGACUUGAGGAUGACCUUCACAACGCCAAUGACUGCGGCGACCACCCUCACACGCAGGAGAGCUUCCGCAGCUGUCAUUACAGCCAGCGUAACGGUGGCCUGGAGAAUGGGCCUCGGGCUGCGGUGUCGGACUCUUUCGUGCCCUUAGUUUCAGAAGAUUCCAUGGUGUGUCAGCCUACUUCCAGCGAAGAGCAAUCAUUCAACGAGCAGGAGAUCAGCCAUUUGCAAGAAAGCAUCCGGACAGAGAUGCCAUCAGAGGACGAGAAUGAGAAUAAUAGCCCAGCAGACAACAAAGGAAAAUCAACUGCUGGGAAUUUCCUUCUUAAUCCUCUUGAGCCCAAGAAUGCAGAUAAGCUUAAGGUGAAGAUAGCUGACCUAGGAAAUGCCUGCUGGGUGCACAAGCACUUCACUGAAGACAUCCAGACAAGACAGUACCGAUCCUUGGAGGUGUUGAUAGGGUCGGGGUACAGCACCCCUGCUGACAUCUGGAGCACGGCUUGUAUGGCCUUUGAACUAGCAACAGGAGACUAUCUGUUUGAGCCUCAUUCUGGAGAAGACUACUCACGAGAUGAAGAUCACAUUGCUUUGAUCAUAGAACUUCUGGGGAAAAUACCUCGCAAGCUCAUUUUGGCAGGAAAGUAUUCCAAGGAGUUUUUCACCAAAAAAGGUGAUCUGAAGCACAUCACUAAACUGAAGCCCUGGGGCCUUUUCGAAGUCUUGGUGGAAAAAUACGAAUGGUCCCAGGAUGAGGCAGCUGCAUUCACAGACUUCCUACUACCGAUGUUGGAGCUGAUCCCAGAGAAGCGAGCCACAGCAGCAGAAUGUCUCAGGCACCCCUGGCUUCUCUCUUAGGGGCUUCAACCCAGCGCCACUGUGCUGCACUCUGGUUUACAGCAUAGGAUACACACACCCAGCUGCCCCUUCCCAGAUCUGUUUUUUUUUUUUCCUUGUUCAGUUUGAGCAUGAAGUUCUUCCUUCAAGGCUUCCAAGAUUUUAGAUAAAUCUUAACCCAUUCUGCUGAGUUUGCUGGUGUGACUCAGUGGGGACUCUUAUCCAGUGCGUGUCAUCUUUGUUUUGCCUUGAUUGGGCUUCACCAAAGACUAAUUGACUAAAACAUCAACUUUUCCCUGAGUCUUCUUGUAUGGUAUGCACUGUGUUAUGGAUGUAUGCUCAGAUAUGCGCCCUUACCUAAAUCUCAACUCUCCUUUCAUCAUAAGGAGGAUGUGAAGAUCUGAACUCAUCUCACUGACUCAGGAGUCAGUUUCCCACUGUUGGUCCUAGCAAUGGGGUAGGAAGUAACAGAUGGCACCAUGGUGGUGUUAGUUCCUUGUAGAGCAAAGACCUCAAAAUCCUCCAUCGUUUUCUAGGUGUCUGCUGUAUUCAUUGCUUUCAGUCACAUAAUUCUUUAGUUCUAGCUGCUUAAAUCUCUUGAGAUGAGCUAUUUAAAUCUAGAUUUUUAGUAUCAUUUGCUUCUUCCUCUGAAGUGCCCUCUCCCUUUACUUGUCCCUCCUGUCUUCAUAGGCAAAAUAGUUUCUGAAUUCAGUGACGCUUUCUACUUGCUCUCUAACACCUCAGCCUGUGACUAAAAGGUGACAAGCAAAAAAAGCAAAAGCUGGAACAUAAUCAACGCACAACCUUCAGCAUGCGGAUAGGUGCGCCUUUCGGCUGCAGAGAGGUGAUGCAGGUGACUUCUCAUGCUUUAGCGAGCUGUACAUUUUUUUUUUUUUUUUUUUUUUCAUCCCUUCCUGGCGCUUCUAUGCCUUGCUUGAGGUAGUUGCACCAGUGAGAGUGGCCCUCACUAAUGCAGUCUGCUCUGGCCCUUUUGACCAUUCACAUUUUUUCCCGGAAAGAGUGGGCAGCAUCUGUGUCACAGCCAUGCUAUCACCCUCGACUUCAAAACUCAACACUUGAAAGCCUGAUAUUCUCAUUUUUUUAAAUUUCUUUCAGGUGAUGGCCUUUAGGAAUAACUUCCCAGAUUGGGAUUGCCUUUUCUUUUCUGGGACAUUAGCACAAGGAGGGCUGGAAGAGAGCUGAUGGACUUUCCUCUGUAGAUACUGGUUUAGUUGCUUGUAGAGUUACCCCAAAUCAUAAUGCUCUGUGAGAUUUCUGUAUUAACUUCUCAGAGGGGGUUGGAUGUGAUAAGUAAAUGAAUUAAUUUUAAUUAAAUCUAAAUCACUGUGGCGUAUAAUAGUUUUAUGAUGACUUCUUUAAGGCUUCCCAUCCUGCUGCAGAGUCAGUGCAUCCAACUCUGAAGUAAGAGCUGGCAGUGUUGAGGCUUCAGAGACACGUCUUCUCCCUGGACCAAAUGGGGCUAUGGAUUCAUGGUUGCUCUCAGAGCACUGAAGUUCUUCUAGGAACUCACUGGAGGCCACGCAGAUCUGAGACUGUUGCGUUGCCGAAGCUGUCAAGAAGGCUGUUUCUGUCACUUUGUGUGUUGAAAAUCCUGGUUCAUUAUAGUUGUUCAUUCAUAAACCUCUGUCAUUUAAUCCACUUAAAGAGUUGCUCCAGUCUAGUGCCUGACUGGGUUAAUUAACACAGAUCAUGCUGCAUGUUCUUUUAGGGGUAGGUCGGAUUGUCUAUGCAUAUAAUCUAAAAUUAAUGAAGGUAACGCACCAAAUGGGUUUAAAUUGCUGAUUUGACCUCUCUUUCCCUUCUAUUGGGAGCUUUUCCAGCUGCGUAUCACUUCCAUGUCUGUUACAGAAGGACCACAGUCAAGACUGGAUUCCAAAACACCCACCACCUACAGACUGUGAAGAUAUAUUGGCAGGGCGAAUGAUUUCUCUUGUCUUGACAGCUCAUCCCACCCUGUUGUGCUUCAGCCCGGCUGGUGCAGGAACUUUUCCUGGAAGAGCUUUGCACAUCAAGAGCUCCUUCCCUUCCUGCUGCAGUUCCCCCUCCCACACCUGCAGGAGGACACUUUUUUACCUUGGUUGCUGAGGAUGGAGCCAAAGUGUGAGUUGGAGACUGCAGCAGCAGCUGUUGGGGUUCAGCCUUGUUCCAUGUGCUCAUUCACUUGGGUUUGUGAAGUCCCCAAAUUGCCAUAAAGUGCUCACAAAGGAUUUGUACUUGCUGUGUCAGUCUAAAACCUGAAGGAAAAUACAUUUUUAUUCUUUCUACUUGGGUGCUUCGUCGUCUUUCUUUGUGAAAGCUCUACAAUAAACAGACUAUUUAAUUACUCA